CGAUUUCAUCACAACGAUCACUUCGAGGCCGAUUUGCGCCCGAGGCUGAGACAUCGCUAUCCAUCUCAUCGCUCAGUAGCGUUUGUGAGUCUGCAAAGUGCCCUCAAACGAGCUGCGAGCACAGUGAAACCUUUGCCCAGAGCCCCGGCCCCUACAGCGUCCUGAAAUCGACUCGAAGCAUCUGCAACGAUGACUACACUCACAUAUUGGAAAGGCAUUGCGGAUGCAGCGACUGGCGUCAUACUUCUAACAAAGCCGGAGAUCAUAUACCACAGCGCGGUUGCAAAGUUCCUCAAAAAAGUCUCUGGACUACGACUGCCAAAUCCGCAUCCCACAGCUGAAGGCGAGAUAAGCUCCCAACAUGCCGUCGCCAUAAUGGUGAUUGCUGUAGGUCUGGGACAUGUCCGAGCAAGUAAAGACAGACAGUCAAUGCCAGCUCUCGUCGUCAUGAACGCGGUCUGGUCAGCGCUCGCUCUCGGUACCGUCGUCCUCAAACCUGAUCGUGCAACAAGCGCACUGCUGAUGACAGGUAUCAAUCACUUCAUCUUCGCAAGUGUCAUGUUCUUACGGUCGAACAUGGCUUUGAAAGAGGUGCUUGGUCUCGAGGGGGUAAAUGCAAAGAAUCCUUGAAUGUGGUCUGAUUUGAAUCAUCUUGUAUUGAGUCUACCAGUCUCUAUCCCUCGUCUUUCGACAAUUGUAUACUCUACUGCCUCGGGCGCUUCCA